AUGCCCAAGAAGCUGUGGCCGGUCUAUUGGACGCACGUUUUUCGUCAACAGGUUAGUGAUGAAACCCCAGUUGUACCUUUCCGCCCACCUGAUGUGAAGUGUCCGUCUCAAGCGAUGAAUGGAAAACCUCCUCAAAUACAGUGGUCUUCCACCAAACUAUGUGGCUUGACCAAAGUGGUCACUUCUGAGGAAGGGGUCCUCAUUAAGGGGACCAACCGAAUCCUGUGUGUGCAAACUGAUUCGCUGCUCAACUGGGUACUGAAACAAUCUUCGGUAGGAACGACUGUACUUCUGUUUGUAGAUGAAAAACCGGCCGGUUAA